UAUGUUCGAAUCCAUUGCCACGGAGGUAAUGGGCUGUGACUCUUCGUUUUCCCUCUGGCGCAGUCUUGAUGCUUUGUUCGGUGCCUACUCCAAGUCGCGCAUUGAUGAACUACAGAACAAGAUUCAAACGGUCAGAAAGGGGUCCAUGCCUAUGCUGGAGUAUUUACGCCAAAAACGGCACUGGGCUGAUACACUUACUCUCUCAGGUGAAUCCUACCCUAAAAAACAUCUUGUUGCCAAUAUUUUGUCUGGUUUAGAUUUAGAGUACUUACCCAUUAUUGUUCAAGUGGAAGCCCGUUCCUUUACCUCCUGGCAGGAACUUCAAGAUAUCCUUCUCUCUUUUGAUAGUAAAAUGGAACGAUUGAGUCUCCUUUCUGGUGCCAGCAAACUCCCUAACUCUGUUGCUAUGCCUCAGGAAAAUUUUGUUCAUAAACACAGUACUAAUACCUUAGGUCGAGGCUCUUCUUCUGAGUCCUUCUCAGAGUCAUCCAGGGGUGCUUAUCCUCAUCGAGGUGGUGGACGCCGUAGAGGCAGGGGAGGAAGGUCUAGUGGUCGGUCCACCCACCAAAAACCCACUUGUCAAGUCUGUGGGAGAUAUGGGACUCUGCUGCCAUAUGUUACAACCGAUACGAUGAAAGUUACAUGGGAUCGUUUUCUGGAGGUACCACUCAAGGGAAAUCAACCACUCACCCCUCAGCUUUUAUAGCUACACCUAAAAUGGUAGAGAAUGAACAAUGGUAUGCAGACAGUGGCGCCAGCAACCAUGUCACCUCCAAUGCAAACAUUCUUCAGUAGAAAACUGAGUACCAUGGACAAACAAACAAGGAGGGUGUUGCUCCAAGAGAGGCUUAAGGAUGGAAUAUAUCAAUUUGCAAUACCAACUGCUCACACCGAUCAGCCAUCUAACUAUUUUCAAUCCAAGAAGUUGAUUUCAACACAUGCCUUGCUGAGUCAGUCCAGUCAGUCCAAGUCUUUAAAUUCCAAAAAGGAUGUAUGGCAUAGGAGACUAGGCCAUCCUUCCAAUCGAGUCUUGAGUCAAGUUUUGAAUUCUCUAAAUGUAAAAACCAAUGAAAAUGAUCAUUUCUGUGAUGCAUGUCAAUUCGGUAAGUCUCAUGCCUUACUGUUAUCCCCAUUUCCUGGAAGGGCUUUGGGCCUUCGCCCUGGCCCACGGACAGAGGACCGGCUCGGCGUAUGGGCCUGGCCCAAGGUCCCUUGGUUUGAAUAUCGCCCAAGGGGACUGGUACGGACCAGGGACUCUAGACUGGGCCCGUUUGGAGGGGUCCGAGACGUCCCUCCGGGUUCAUCUUCAGCUUGA